AUGGGGCCCCUGGGCAAUAGGGGAUCAUGGGGCCCCUGUGUCCUUGCCCACACUCAAAAAAAAGCCUAUAAAAGGUACCAGGGGCAUUUGAUGGGGCCCACUACUGACCCCGGGCCCUCGGGAAGUCACUUAGGAAGACAUAUGGCCACUCAAUGAAGUUGGAUGAGAAGUGGCUUAACCAGGGGCGGACUGACAACUCAUGGCGCCCUCGGGCAAUAGGGGAUCAUGGGGCCCCUGUGUCCUUGCCCAAACUCAAAAAAGCCUAUGAAAAAGGUACCAGGGGUAUCUCAUGGGGCCCCCUACUGACCCCGGGCCCUCGGGCGGAGCCCGAGUUUCCAAAUGGUCAGUCCGCCCCU